AUGUUCCAGCCCCGGGAUGGGGAUCUGGAAUGGGAUUUUUCCAGCCCUGGGACGGGGAUCUGCCAUGCUGCCCUGUCUCCCCAGGAUUCCCAGCCCUCUCCCCUGGCCCUGCUGGCAGCCACAUGUAGCAAGAUCGGUCCCCCUGCCGUGGAAGCCGCCGUGACGCCGCCGGCCCCUCCCCAGCCCACCCCUCGCAAACUGGUGCCCAUCAAACCCGCCCCGCUGCCCCUGGGCUCUGCCAAGAACAGCAUCGGCAUCCUGUCCUCCAAAGGGAACCUCUUCCAGAUCCAGGGUUCCCAGGUGGGCACCUCCUACCCCGGGGGGCAGCUGGUUUUUGCCAUCCAGAACCCGGCCGUGCUCAACAAAGCCUCUCGCUCUUCGUCGUCGUCCUCCUCUUCUUCCUCCUCCAACAUCCAGUACCAGGCGGUGCCACAGCUGCAGCCCGGUGGGGCUCAGACCAUCCAGGUGCAGCCCAACCAGAUCCAGAUCAUCCCAGGCACCAACCAGGCCAUCCUCACUCCAUCUUCCUCCUCCUCCUCCUCCUCAUCCUCACACAAACCCGUGCCCAUCAAACCGGCCCCGGCUCAGAAAGCGGCGUCGGCGACGAGCGGCGUGGUCAAACUGCCCGGGGGUGGCAACGUCACCUUAACCCUGCCCGUCAACAACCUGGUGAGCCCUGAGGGAGGUGGGCAGAGCCAGCUGGUCACGGACAGCCCCUCAAAACCGGGUAAAAAACCUCGGAAAAAGGCCAUGUCCCCCGCCCAGCCGGCCGCAGUGGCCGUGGCGGAGCAGGUGGAGACGGUGCUGAUCGAAACGACGGCGGAAAACAUCAUCCAAGCCGGGAACAACCUGCUGAUCGUGCAGAGCCCUGGCUCGGGGCAGCCAGCAGUGGUGCAGCAGGUGCAGGUGGUGCAGCCCAAGCAGGAGUCGCAGGUGGUGCAGAUCCCGCAGCAGGCGCUGCGCGUGGUGCAGGCGGCCUCGGCCACGCUGCCCACGGUGCCGCAGAAAUCCUCGCAGAACUUCCAGAUCCAGGCGGCCGAGCCCACCCCCACACAGAUCUACUUCAAGAGCCCCACCGGCGAGCUGCAGACCGUGCUGCUCCAGGAGGCCUCGUCCAUACCCGUGCCCGUGCCUCCAUCCUCGGGGACAUCGUGUGGCAGCCCCGUGUCCCGCAGCCCCGGCCCCGGGGCCGGCCCCGCCCGCAAACCGGCCCCUCGCAAGGAGAGGCCGCUGCCCAAAAUCGCCCCGGCCGGGGGCAUCCUGAGCCUGAACGCAGCACAGCUGGCGGCAGCUGCACAGGCCAUGCAGACCAUCAACAUCAACGGCGUCCAGGUGCAGGGGGUGCCCGUCACCAUCACCAACACCGGAG